AGUAAGCUUUGCAGUUUUUAUUUCAUUUUUUUUCUUUUGCAUGUACGGAGCUAUGAUUCAUGUGUUCUUUAAAACGCCAGCCUCUCAGCUGAAGCUAUACACGCUGGGUAUGGGCAAGAAAUCUUGGGAGCUGAUGGAAUACUUUUGCAAACCUUGGCAUUUGCUGGGCACUUUCUAGUUUUAAUAAUAAUUAUGAUUACGUUUUGCAAUAUCCACUUUAUGCCUUGUAGUAAAUGUGAAGACUGGUGACCAUUUUCGAUAUUGUAUUUCAUACAUUCUAUGUGUCUACAACGCAGCUUCUACGUACAGUUUAUCAGAUCCGUUGGAGGUUUCAGCGAUUUAUCCCGCGCAAAGGAGGUCCACUCUCAGAUCCUGGGAUCUGAGCAACAUCAAUCAGACAGAUACCUUGCGAACCUUCUGAUCGAGAUGUAUGGAAAGUGCGGCAGCGCCCAAGAUGCAAAAAGAGUGUUUGACGCCAUACUCUAUCCCAACAUUUUCUCAUGGAAUAUAAUGAUCUCAGCAUUUGCCUCAAAUGGGCACCUAGAGGAAGCGUGCUGUCUGUUCGAAAAAAUGCCACAGAGAGACGUCAUUUCAUGGACCACAAUGGUCACAGCAUACUCACAAGCAGGAAAUAUUACGAUGGCUAGGAAAGUGUUUGAUUCUAUGCCUGAAAAACACAUAGUUUCCUGGAAUGCCAUGGUUACAGCAUAUGCUCAAAACGGGCAUCUUGACACGGCAAGUUCACUCUUCAACGGUAUUCCAGAACACAGCAGCGUUCUAUGGAACUGUAUGAUCGCUGCAUACGCAUCGCAUGGAAAACUAGAAGAGGCGCGAUCUAUGUUUGAUAGAUUGCCGGACGACGGCAUAACUUGCUGGACGGCGAUGAUAGCUGCUUAUGGCAAAUCCGGGCAUUGCAACGAAGCAAAGGUAAUCUUCCAUAGAAUGCCAGAAAAGGACGUCAUUGCAAGCACAGUAAUGAUAGAAAUUCUUACAAAUAGUGGCAGUAUUUCAGAAGCUAGAGAAGUGUUUAACAGCAUGCCCUAUGCGGAUCUUAUCUUGUGGAACGCUAUGCUUUCGGCAUAUGCCCAAAACGGGCAUUUGGAACAAGCCCUGACCUUGUUCGAAUCCAUGCCAGUGCGAGACCACCUUUCGUGGACGUCAGCACUCCAAGCCUUUGCUCACAUUUGCCGGAUGGAAGAAGCAAAGCUUCUCUUCGAUUCCAUACCCGAGAAGGACGUAGUCACCUGGAACACAAUGCUCCAAGGCAACACCCAGAAUGGCUACUGGCACGAAACUCUCGAGCUCUUCGGAGCGAUGGAGAUGGAAGGCAUCAAACCCAACGCCCUGAGCUUCGUGAGCGUCUUGGCGGCGUGCAGCCGAGUGGGGCUCCUGGACCGAGGGAAGAAAUACUUCUCGACCAUGACCAGGGACUGGGAAAUCCCCCCGCUGCCCGAGCACUACCACUGCCUGAUCGAUGUUUUGGGUCGCUCCGGCGAGCUCAAGCAAGCCCAGGAGCUCGUCUCCAACAUGCCAUUCCGCCCCGAAUCCACAGCAUGGAUGACGCUUUUGUCAGCGAGUUCAGUUCACGCCAGCAACGAGCCAGCGCGCUUGGCAGCGCAGCAUUCCGUGACGCUCCAGCCGACGCGAUCCAACGCCUACGUGUUGCUCUCUGGGGCCUUGAAUCCCUCCAAAGAUCUGGCCUAAAGUUGCG